UCAGCCGAGCAACAGCCGGAGACGGGUCUGCCGUAAAGAGAGGGAGCUGUAAAGAGUCCUGGCGUCAAACACAGACUCACACGCGUCAUUACAUACAUCUUCGAGUUGAUUUUAAGAAACAUAUUUGUCUUGUUUCUGGUUUGAGCGCAAACACAGAGGACAGAAGCGAGGAUGUUGGUCCCUGCGGGGAGAUAAUGAACAGGCUGUGUGUGUUGUUGCUGUGCCUCGUUGUAGCUCUCCUGUGCUGGUUUCCCAGGCGUCAUGUCCAAUGUUCAGAACAGCUAUCUUCAGGCUCAGAGCUCGCUGCACAGGACGGUAGCCCGCACGCGACACAGGAGAACAGGGCUAAUGAUAAGGUUGAAGAGGAAUGGGAAUCACAGUCAUCGUACAGCGUGGGUUUGGAGACGGAGAGGGCUGCACUAGAGGAACAGCUCAGACAAGAAUCAGCUCAGACAGAAGAAGACAAACCUGAAAAGGCUGUGAAUGUAUUUGAGCAGGUGGUAGUAGAGGAAAACAUUGCGUCGGAAGCACAGCGGUCAGAAGCAGAUCCCAUCUCUGACCAACGAGAGCCGGCUCACACAACACAACCUCCACCAUCCUCAUUACCAUCACCUCCAUCACAUCAGGUGGAGACAGAGCUCCCUAAGGCCCCACCCACUCCCGAACCCGCUGCUGCUAAUGAUGAUAAUUCUUCUCCUCCACCUCUUCCUCUGGCUGAACCUACCACGGAUCUCCAAAUAGACCCAAACACUAACGCGGACAUCAGCGCUGAGUCCGGGAAUGCACUCGAGCCAGCGUCGUCUACCUCACAGCCCACUCUGGAAAGCCCCUCCAGUGCACUAGAGAUUGCCAGUGCUGGUGCCCCACUAAAGAACUCUAGUGCCAGUCAGUGUGAGCUGGGCUCUGUGGCCCACUCCAACCAGCUCCUUGCUUCUGACUCCACACUCAGCAGUGUAUCAGUGGAAUCAGUGGAGAAUCAGGAUCCAGGGACCAAUGCUGACCUGACUGCCCCUCUGGAUUCGGCUGAGCCGGAACUCACAGAGCUGGAGUACACAGUCAAUGCUUCGUACCCUCCAGAGGACCAGGAAGUGGUGGCUGAACAUGAGGGUGGAACUGAUCCCCCUGUCCCUGGUAAAGAGGACAUUCCCACAUUUGAUGAGUGGAAGAAGAAAGUCAUGGAGGUGGAAGAGAAGAAAAGUCAGUCUUUGCACACUUCAUCUAACGGCAGCCCCCAUCCAGUAAAAAAGAUCCAAAAGAACUUUAAGAAUAACUACGCCUCUGUGGAGUGCGGGGCCAAGAUUCUCUCAGCCAACAGUGAGGCCAAGAGCACUUCUGCUAUUCUAAUGGAGAAUAUGGAUCUUUACAUGCUCAACCCAUGCAGUAAUAAGAUCUGGUUUGUUAUUGAGCUCUGUGAGCCGAUCCAGGUAAAGCAGCUGGACAUUGCGAAUUUUGAACUCUUCUCGUCCACUCCAAAAGAUUUUCUGGUGUCAAUAAGUGACCGAUACCCGACGAAUAAGUGGAUCAAACUCGGCACCUUUCAUGCGCGUGAUGAGCGCACGGUGCAGAGCUUCCCCCUGGAUGAACAGCUGUAUGCCAAAUAUGUGAAGAUGUUCAUCAAGUACAUAAAGGUUGAGCUGCUCUCCCAUUUUGGUUCUGAACAUUUUUGCCCUCUUAGUCUAAUAAGGGUGUUUGGUACCAGUAUGGUGGAGGAAUAUGAUGAGAUUGCUGACUCUCAAUAUCCCUCAGAGAGGGUAGAGUACUUGGAUGAGGAUUAUGAACUUCAUUUCUUAGAUUAUCCCCCAGGAUACCUUCCAUCUGAGGACAAGGCAUCGAAGAACCUCCUGGGUUCUGCUACAAAUGCGAUCCUAACCAUGGUUAACAACAUUGCUGCGAAUGUGCUCGGGGGAAAGCCAGAGCUUGAAGAUGGAGCUCAGAUGGAAGGUAAUAUCUCUUCAGGGACCGAGAACUUGACAGAAGUCACAGAAACUAUGCUCACACCAACCCCGACACUCACGCAGCAACAAGAAGUGAUGCCCACUCCAGAACCUGAUUCCACAUUGGUAAAUCCGGAUCCAGAAGUAACCCUUCCCGAGUCUGCCUCUACUCCUUCACCUGAAGAGAGUCGCAUUGUUAUCCUCAUCGAGGAUGAAGAGGAAGAGCAAUCUGCACCCACAGUAACCCUACUAGAGGAGGAACGUGAUGAAGAGAGGAGGCGUGAGGAGGCGCGCCUCAGAGAGAGCGACUUUUACUGCUCACAGCUUUCCACUUUGUCCUGCAUCGCCAGCCUCCACGAGCAUCUUCACCUCUGCUGUUCCGCCGCUCUGGCUCUGCAGCGGCUACGCCGAGAGCGCCACGUGCCCGCCAACGCAGAUGCACGAUCCUCAACACAACUCCUAGACCCCAGUCCAACUCAGACCCCCUUGUCUCCCUCUGAAAAAGCUUCAGAUUUAGAACCAACACAAAGCAAAGAGCCCACGCCUACCGAUACACUUCCUGUUCCUUUGGAUCUGUUCACUGAUCCGCCAAUUUUAUUAGAACCAAGCUAUACCUCCUCUCUUCCCCAUCACAGCUUCUCUGAGGCUUCGCUCUCCAAAGCCACGCCCACUGAGGGCAUUCCUGACUCUCUGCCCACAGACGAGCCCAAAGAUUCGAUACCACGGUACAUGGAACGCGUACCUGAAACACAGACUCUGAGUCUUCCUGGCACCUCUCUCACCUCCACCGUCACCUCCACCACAGCCAUUAUUGCUGCAACAACUGCUUCAGUUUUAAUCCCUGAGACGACCGAGCCCCCUGCACCCACCAAAGAGCAGCCCGUCCAUUCCAUCCCCACGCACGUCCAGCCUUCAGAAAUCUCACCUUCCACAGAACUCCCCGUGUCUGUCCCAGAGCUUUCUGCAGGUGUCGACGAUGUCCAGCCCGAUAUUGCUCAUGUGAGUUCUCAAGAAGAGUCUAUAGAGGAGGUGCAGAGCACGCUACAGCGCACCGCCACAGACUUCUAUGCUGAACUGCAGAACUCGAGCGAACCCAGUUAUGCGAACGGCAACGGGAACCACGUGCAUGGUUCUAACCAGAAAGAGUCCGUGUUCAUGAGGCUUAACAAUAGGAUCAAAGCCCUUGAGAUGAACAUGUCACUCAGCAGCAGAUACUUGGAAGAACUUAGCCAGAGGUAUCGUAAGCAGAUGGAGGAGAUGCAGCGGGCAUUCAAUAAGACCAUCAUUAAACUGCAGAACACUUCCAGAAUCGCAGAAGAGCAGGAUCUGAAGCAGACCGAGGCCAUCCAGACGUUGCAGAAUCAGCUGGAGAACAUCACCAAGCUCAUGCUCAACCUAUCAGUAACUGUGGGCCAGUUACAAAGAGAGGUGUCAGACAGGCAGAGUUACUUGGUGGUGUCUCUGGUGUUGUGUCUAGCUCUGGGUCUGCUGUUGUGUAUGCAGUGCUGCUGCACCUCCUCCAAUAAUAGAAGCUCUCCAAUCCCUGUGAGCAACCACUACCCCAGUCCCAAGAGGUGUUUCUCCUCUUAUGAUGACAUGAGUCUGAAGCGGAAAGCUCCCUGCCCUCUGAUACGGUCCAAGUCAUUUCAGCUGCCCCCUUCAGAUGUAGGUCCUGAUGACUUGUACAUUGUAGAACCUCUAAGGUUUUCUCCAGAGAAAAAGAAAAAGCGCUGCAAAGUGAAAGGAGAGAAAGCGUCAAUGACGGUUGCUAACUACAGCCCUGAACGUGAGAGUGCGAGUGUGCCUCAAUUCUUGCCGAGUACCUGUGAUGGCGAUGGGUCUACCUGGUCAUCCAGAGAGGCUGUGGCCGAGGGGGGCUCUGAAGGCUCAUCUUCAUCUUCCUCCUUCUCCUCCUCCUCAUCUACAGCAUCGGAUGAGUCCAGCUCCAGCAUCCCUCCCGUUAACGGCCACUGUGUGGGUCUUAAUAAUGGCCAGCUCUCAUCGGCCAAUAACAAGACGGAGAAGAGGUCUUUUAAACGCCGCCGCUCAAAGGUGGCUGAACAGCAACAACAGCCCCAAUCGCACGGGCACUACGGGGCAGGGUUACUGCACGGCCCUAUUCCAAUGGCAACCUGCGUCAUGCCGACGCUUCAGCAGCUGAUUAGGGGAAAACAGGAACUCGGAAUGGGGACUUUUGGAGUAACGGCGGUGACUGGUCAUGUCUGAGAACGCUUUCUUCAGCACCGUAUCUCUUACAGCUUUAUAGACUGAAAAAGGUGAUCUGCCAGUUAGGAGGAAGCAGGCGACCAUUGUUGUGUUGUUGUUUUUUUCUCGCUGUUUCUCACUCACUUUCUUUCUCUUUCUUUUCUCACUCUAUCUAUCAAGCCAGACUUUGCUACAUACGUUGAAGCACAGAAAGAAAUUCAGUCUCUCAUGAUUGUAACACGUUCUUGCAAACAAUUUAAUCCUUUUCUUCUGAAGUUCUUUCUUCUUUAAUGUGCCUUUAUUUGUUCAUUAACAAACUGAAAAUAGACCACGCAUCAAGGUGAAGACUCCUUAGUUUGUUUUCUUUCGUUUAUGGAGAGAAAUUAUUAUUUUGUUUCUAAACGGAUUUGGGAUACAAAAAUACUAACUUUUCAGAAGUAUGACUGAGUCUACUUUUUUUCCCCCCUUCUUUUAAGUGGACCAGCAGGACAGGGGACAAUGGAAGGCCAGAAGUGGACUCUGUUUAAGGAAGACUAACCUUCUUCCUCCACACUACCCCAGAUCUCUUCCUGGUCCCCACUCCUUUCCUUUCACACUCACACUGAUUUAAUUUUUUUGAUUUUCAGUCCUCUCAGUGUUAGCAUCACUCAAGUGUUCACACUUUCUCCUCCGUUGUUGGGAAACAGGUUUAUUAUGAUUAUUAUUAUAUAUAAUUUUUUUUUUAUAUAAAACUUGCACACUCCUUCUUGUAGGCUCUUUCUUCUGUAUGGGUGUACAAGUAUGUGUAUGUGUGGUCAUGUCAUGUUGUGUAGUGGGACCAGUGUGUGUAACGUGUAGGUGAGGUGUGUGUGGAAAACCCGAACAAGGGACUCUGUAGCACUUUACCAUCUAUCAGGUCCAGUGAGCAGAACUGAAUGAAGAACAGAUCCAGAUAUUUUCCCUUCACUUUAUUCUCUUUCUCUCGCAGUUUCUAACUUUGGGAGUUGAAGUGUUCAUUUAACAAGUUGAGGCAGGGCCUGAACUUUGCAAUCUUACAGUACACACACACGCACGCACACACACCUAGAGACCUUAUUAAAUUCAUUCCGGCAUUUUCAGACUCCAAUUUGUUUCCUUACAAAAUUCUUGUUUUUACAAAAAUGAGCUACGUUUAUUCCUUAUUUUAUUCCAAAUGAUCAGUUACAUAUACCUGUUACAAGUACAAAUAAAUCUUAUAUAAAUUAUUUUUCCUAAUGCCUCCUGCACCGUGGGCACGCUGUCUGCUGGUUUAUUUAUAUAUUUAUUUAUUACAGCGUCAGUCUUUUUGAGAAGUCAAGGUCGUGGUUUAAAAAAGAGGGAAAAAAACGUUUUAGCUUUUACAGUGUCCUUGUCAGGUGUUUUUAAUAUUUAUUGAAAAUCAAUACAAACACCUGUUUGUGAAACAUGCAACGGUACGCCUGUGGCUCCAUUUUUCUUUUGCUUUUCUCUUUAUUUAAUAUGAAAAAGCUAAAGUCUUAGCGCGAGCCAAAUGCCCUCUAGUAAAACAUCAUCACGACCACCGCUGCCGUACAGCGACCUGUUAAAAUUUCACCAUCCGUAAUUCUCAAAGUUUUGUAAUGUGACAAGCCGGACGUUAGACACUGGUACAAAUAUGUGCGUCUGGCUUUAAAUGCAAGUGAAGGUUGUUAUGGGUGUUUGGAUCUGUUUUGAUGAGUUCUUCAAUGUAUUGGUUACAGUUUUUUUUUGUGUGUGUGUGUGUGUAUGGAAAGCUGCUCUUUUGUUCCUGAUAUCUAAAUCUGCAUUUUGUUAUAUUUGUGAAAAAUUUUGCAUCUUUCUCAUUCCUACUGUACAUGAAGCCACCUUGUUAAUAGUGUCUUUUUAGUGUGUUUCUAAAUUUGUUGUUUUAUUUAUGUCUAUCACUCAUCUUUGUGUGUGGGUGUGUAUACAGUACAUAUAUUUGUGUGUAUGUCCCUUAUUUGAAUUGCUCACUGGACCACUCAACAGCCCACUCUAUUCUAGAUUUAUAUAAUUAAAAUUGUGCCCAGUGUCUUUAACCCAAAGUCAUGCAGGUGUUUUUUUUUUUUUUUUUGGGAGGGGGGGGGACCGUUUGUGACCUCGUCAUCAGUGCUCUCUAAGGAAUGUGAACUUGAUCUGAAUGGUAAUAAAGGGACAGGAAAAGAUGGUGUUUGCAAUUCUAACACACUGUCUGAAUAAUAUUUCAAACUUAUUCAACCUUCAGAGGGAUUUUUUCCCCAUUUCUUUCCCUGUUUAAUCAUGUUCUCUGUUCUGUAUUGUUUGAAUGUAUUUGAAAAUGUACUUGUUUGUCAUUUGUUCAGAGUCUGUAUGGGUGUUUUAAACAGUGUGGAGGAAAAAGAAUAAUUAAACAUUAAAUAAAGCCCAGUGAUUAGAGCCCUGUUUCUCAGGCGCUCACUCGUUCUGCACUUUGGUGAACUUCUCAUGCCUUUAUUUUUCUUUUUUUUUUUCUUCCCACACUAGCCCUGUGCUUUCCAUGGUGUCCUCUAGUGGCCAUUUGAUAGGCCAGUAGAAGACUCUAAGUUCUCCAAUUAGAUAAUGUAUAAGGACAGGAGGCACAGUAUUUAUUUAUUUUCUUUCUUUCUUUUUUUUUUUUUUGGAAACAGGUGUAAUUCUAACUACAGUGAUGUAGUGCCAAUAGAAACUGUGAAUUUCUAAAUAAAGACACUUUUUUUUCUUUCA